UCCAUAAAUUCUCUUCCUCCAGCCAAGCAAAGCUUAAUAUAGAUUUACCAUAUGCUCCAGUCCCCACUCACUCGUCCACAAGAGUCUUCUAAGAUCAAGUUGUCCUAUCAUUUCUGACAAAAGCCAGAUAGGAAAAUAGAGGGUUUUCAUUGGAUUGUAGAACAACUACUUUACUAUUCAUAGCUCUGGCUGUUGUUUUUAACUUUUCUUUAAGGGGUUGCUUUUUUGGAGUUGUGAUCAGCCAGAAAGAUGUCUGAGUUCAGCCAAAACUCUGACCAAGAGGAAAUUUGUUCCGAGGAGAUUGAUGAAGAUGAAAUUCUAGCAAACCUGUCUCCGGAAGAACUGAAGGAACUACAAAGUGAAAUGGAAGUCAUGGCUCCAGACCCCGAAGUGCCAGUCGGGAUGAUACAGAAAGAUCAGACUGAGAAACCUCCAACAGGAAAUUUUGAUCACAGAUCGCUGGUUGACUACCUGUAUUGGGAGAAGGCAUCCAGACGGAUGCAUGAAGACGAGAGAGUGCCCGUAACUCUCCUACCAUCGGAGAGACUUGGUGGAGAAACGUCUGAAGAAGUUUCUGGUGCUAAUGAUGAAAAUCAAAAGGUGAAAAGUGUUACACAGAAAACAAAUGGAGAUGUAAGAGAUUACAAAAGUGAUGAAGAAGAGGAAGAAGAGGAAGAAGAGGAAGAAGAAGAGGAGGAGGAAGAAGAGGAGGAAGAAGAAGAGGAGGAGGAGGAGGAAGAAGAAGAUGAUAAUGAAGAAUAUGAAGAACAUAAAAAAGACAAAGAUGAGCUGGUAACCAAGAAAUCAUAUAGUGAUAAAGACAACAAAAGCAAACAAGAAACUGAGGCAUCUUAUACAGAGUCAGAAGAAAAAGAAGAUACCGAGAAGAAAAUAUCAAAGUUAGCUACUCCCAAAAAAUUAGCACUCGAUACCAGUUUUAUUAAGUUAAGUGCAAGGCCUUCGGGAAAUCAAACCAACUUAGAGGACAGCUUGGCAAAAGUACGAAGAAAUGACCCAAACAUAACUGAACUCAACUUGAACAAUAUUGAGAAUAUCCCCAAGGAAAUGCUGGUGGACUUCGUCAAUGCCAUGAAAAAGAACAAGAACGUCAAAACAUUCAGCUUAGCCAAUGUGGGUGCAGAUGAUAAUGUUGCUUUUGCCCUGGCCAACAUGCUACGUGAAAACAGGAGCAUCAUUACUUUGAAUAUUGAUUCCAAUUUCAUCUCAGGCAAAGGAAUUGUUGCCAUUAUGAGGUGUCUGCAGUACAACGAAAGGUUGACCGAGUUACGUUUCCACAAUCAGAGGAGUAUGUUGGGUCAUCAAGCAGAAAUGGAGAUUGCUAGACUAUUGAAAGCCAACCCUACACUACUUAAGAUAGGCUACCACUUUGAGCUUCCGGGACCUCGAAUGGUGGUUACUAAUUUGCUCAGCAGAAAUCUUGAUAAACAGAGGCAGAAGAGGAUAGAAGAGCAAAAGCAGCAACAGUUAAAAAAGCAGAAAGAGCUAAUAGCCAUGUUAGAGAAUGGACUUGGGUUGCCUCCUGGGAUGUGGGAACUACUAGGAGGACCAGUGCCUGCUGCAAUGAUGCCUCCUCCAAUGACACCUCCAAUGCCAUCCAUCCCCAAAGUGCCCUCUAUUGGUAGAAAAAAUGAACCUGCAAGAAAACCGGCCCCUGAACAUGAAGACAACGAUAACACUCCUUCCUUCAAAGUAGUGAAACUUAAGCGAACACAGCGCAAACCCACUAUACCAGAAUAUGUGGAGCCAGCCGAAAAAACCAAUCUCAAAGAUGUGAUCAAGACAUUGAAGCCUAUCCCAAGAAGGCGGCCACCUCCCCUGAUGGAAAUCACUCCCAGAGAUAAGCUUCUUAAUGAUAUUCGUCAGAGCAACGUAGCUUAUCUGAAACCAGUACCUGUACCCAAAGAGCUGGAAUAAGGCACCCAGUUCAGCUGAAAGAAACAACUUGAAGGAAAAAGACAAAAUAACAAACACGGACUGUUCAAGUUACUUCAGGUUGUUUCAGGGGCAGUUUUUCCUUCAGGUGGAAGCGAUGAAGACGUGGGAACAACAUUUGAAGCAUGCUGUCUGUUGAAGUGAUGAUUGAAAUGAUUAGAAUGGAAGCAGUAUGAAUGGUUAAUAAUAGCCAUCUAAUCUCAAAUAACAAGCUGGUGCCAUGGCCCUAUAGCCACCAUCUACAUUUAACAUCUGAGAUGGUUGGGUGGAAAGGGAUACCUUACCUUCCCUCAUUAUGUUACCACUUGUAUAUAGAUUAUUUCAGUAAAUCUCAUUACAAGCAUGUCAUUUA